CGAGGCCUUCCAGGUCACCUGGAGUCUCCGCCCCAAGGGGCCGACCUGACCCACGCGGAGACGGUGGCGCUCGGGACAUAGCCGGGGACUCGGAGGGAGACGGGAUGGCAUCGUCGAGCUCUGACACCCCAUGUUCCUGCGACUGCUUUGUCUCCGUGCCCCCGGCCUCGGCCAUCCCGGCCGUGAUCUUUGCCAAGAACUCGGACCGACCUCGGGACGAGGUCCAAGAGGUGGUGUUCAUACCAGCGGGCACUCACACCCCUGGGAGCCGCCUCCAGUGCACCUACAUUGAGGUGGAACAAGUGCCGAAGACCCACGCUGUGAUCCUGAGCCGCCCUUCUUGGCUGUGGGGGGCUGAGAUGGGCGCCAAUGAACAUGGUGUCUGCAUUGGCAAUGAGGCCGUGUGGACCAAGGAGCCCGUUGGGGAGGGGGAAGCCCUGCUGGGCAUGGAUCUGCUCAGGCUGGCUUUAGAACGGAGCAGCUCAGCCCAGGAGGCCUUGCGCGUGGUCACAGGCCUGCUGGAGCGCUACGGGCAGGGAGGCAGCUGCCGGGAGGACCCUGCGCCAUUCUGCUACCACAACACCUUCCUGCUGUCCGACAGGACCGAGGCGUGGGUGCUGGAGACGGCGGGGAGGCUAUGGGCUGCACAGAGGAUCCAGGGGGGGGCCCGAAACAUCUCCAAUCAGUUGAGCAUUGGCACAGACAUCUCAGCCGAACACCCCCAGCUUCGGCCCCAUGCCCAGGCCCAGGGCUGGUGGGAUGGGCAGAGCGCCUUUGACUUCGCUCACGUCUUCUCCCUGACCCAGCAGCCUGUGCGCAUGGAGGCCGCCAAGGCCCGGUUCCAGGCUGGGAAGGGGCUGCUGCAGCAACAGCAAGGGGGCAUCACAGCAGAGGUGAUGAUGGGCAUCCUCCGGAACAAGGAGAGUGGCAUCUGCAUGGACUCUGGAGGCUUCCGCACCACAGCCAGCAUGGUGUCCAUCCUGCCCCAGGAUCCCACACAGCCCUGUAUUCACUUCCUCACUGCCACACCAGACCCAUCUAGGUCAGUGUUCAAACCUUUCAUCUUCGGGGUGGGGGCGGCCCAGGCCCCCCAGGUGCUGUCCCCCACUUUUGGAGCACAAGACCCCCUUCGGACUCUGCCCCGAUUCCAGACCCAGGUGGAUCGCCGUCACACCCUCUACCGUGGACACCAAGUGGCCCUGAACCUGAUGGAGAGUGAGCAGGACAAGGAGCAGCAGCUCCGGCAGAAGCAGCGGGAUCUGGAGCAGGAAGGCCUGGAGGUUGCGAGGAGGCUGCUGACAGCAGAGUGGGCUCCAGCCCCCCAGGAACUGGGCAGCCUCUUCCAGGCCUUUGUGGAGAAGGAAAGGCAGGCCUAUGCCUGAAGGCAGCUGCUCCGGGCCUGCACUGGGCUGCAGGGGCUGGGAGAGGGCACAGGACUCCCAUGCAGUAGAAUCAGAGCACGCCUCCACCCCACAGCCUUGUUCUGAGCGGCCAGCUUGGCCUUUGUCUCAAUAAACAUGUUCUCGUUCCCUGUUCGGAUCCCAGGGCCAGGACGGAUGGGAGGGCCAAGUGCGGGCAAAGUACAGCCUGAGCUGGCUGUGGUAUGUCUGCUCACCUCUGGGGGACAGAGUCUUUGGCUUCAGGUAAUAGGGGCUCCAUGGUGAAGGCUUUAAGGAGAGGGGGUGGCCGCCUGUGAGAGUUGGUGUGAAGGAUGCCCUGGCACAUCGUGGUGAUGAUUAGGUGAAAAUUAGAACUGCAGGGUUUGGUCCUCUGCUUGAACACUGGAAGGGCAUGCCCCAGGGGUGGUGGUGAGCAGUACCUACUGGGAGAUGGCACCCUUCACUAGUUGAUGCCCCCUCCUGCCCUCUCAGGAGCCAGGAAGCCAGGUGGGGGCUGGAGCAGGUAUGCCAGCCUUUUGGGUAGUUAUUCAGAGGCCAGAAACUUGUUCGUUAGAACCAGGCCACUGCUGAAGGUGCUGCAUUUUCGGCAGCUGCUUCUGUUGCCCGCACUGAUUGCUUCCCGAGAUGCCCCCAAGUGAUGUGAAAGAUGGAGUCAGCGCUCACGCUUUAUUGGGGGCAGGAGCUGCCACAGAUGAGCGCUCCGGGGAGGCAGCAGGGUGCCUGCUCUUCCUGGUCCUCGUUC